AUGGCCGGCUGGGUGUUCUGUAAUCGCUGCUUCCAGCCGCCGCACCGCGCGUCCUGCUUCCGUCUGACCAACUGUGGCCACGUGUACUGCGACGUCUGCCUGGGCAAAGGUGGCAAAGAAGAGUGCUUGAUUUGCAAAGUCCCUUGUCGCACGGUUUUACUUUCAAAACAUACCGACGCGGAUAUCCAGGCGCUGUUUAUGGGCAUAGACGGUCUGUGUCAGAAGUACUCCAGAGAGACCUGCCAGAUUUCAGAAUUUCAAGAAAAGCACAGAAAGAGACUCUUGACCUUCUAUAGAGAAAAGAUCACAAAGCUGGAGGAAUCCCUUCGGAAGUCAGUGCUGCGGAUGGAACAGCUUCAGAGUAUGAGAUUGUCACAACAAACAGCUUUCAGUGCAAUAAAAACUCCAGUUUCAACAAAGCCAGGCGGACACCCGCUCCUGCCCCUUGACUCGUCAGCCUCUGACAGAGUGGAGUUCGUGCAGGUUGACCAUACUCCUUCCCCAAUGAGAAAACCUGAGGUGGCAGUUGGCCCAGCAAGAAUCUCUCUGAUCAGCCCACCUCAGCAUGGACGCAUGGGCAGCAUCUCGCGCCUCGGCCCGACGCCCGGUCACAGCAGCGUGUCCCAGGCUCUCCGGAUCCCACCGCUGCCGGUCCCCUGCAAGGCGCUCUCCCUGCCGGCAGCGCCCCUGGCCCCCAGCCGAGCGGGAAGAGGGGGCUCACCCAGCCUUCGGGGCUCCCAGACGCUGGCCCCCAGGCCACCCAUCAGCAUCUCCGCACUGCUGCAGAAGCAGCGUUUAGGCAAGUGUGCCCUGCUUUGA